GCGACGGUUCGUGUAGAUAAACCCUACGGUCGUGCCUUGCUGGGAUCAAACCAACCGGCAUUGCAAAGGCAUCGGCAGCAACAACACCGGUUCCGCGUUUAUCCGCAAAUCGACCGCCAGCCAGACCGGGACAGUUCCUCCCUGUCGAUACAGCACCAGUCCGUGCGCCCGUGAGCGAUGCCGCUAAUCAUCCCGAGCGAAGUUUGGCACCCGGGAAGAGAAUAGACGCGAAGAGUGUGUGUGCGUGUGUGUUAGUGCGUAUGUUGGAAAGUUGUGUGUGCAGAUUAGCAAUCAUCCAAACCCCGCAAAAGCCCCGUCCGCUUGCACGGCCACCGUUGGUGUUCAUUUGCUGUGCGCGCUCGUUAGUUUUUAGAUGCAGUGAAGUGUUGUUAUUUUGGUGAGAUAUAGUUAGCAUUUAAGUCCUGCAUACGGUCGCACAUCGCUCGUUGCCAUUGGGUGUCGUUACGCGGAGAAGUAGCAGAAACAACAGCAGGAGCAGGCAGCAUGAGCCACUCGAGAAAUUAUAACUACUACGAGCCCUCGAGGUCCCGCAGCCGGGAACGCAGCUACCGUCGAGAGUAUCGCGACGAUUCGGAACGCUACAAUCCAGGCACAUCGGAGUCGGGCCGCACACCGGCCGAUUACGGUGGCUCCUCGGCCAGUUACCGCAGAAGCUCGCACCAUCGAAGUUCACACUCCACCGCACACUACCACGACCCACCGGCCUCCUCGUCGGCAUCCGGCGGGGCGCACGAGUGUUCGUCACACAGCGGCAGCUCGUCCGGCAAGGUCGUGCUGGCCGUGUUCAAUCUCAGCGUGUACACCACCGAGGCGGAACUGUACGAUACGUUUUCCAAGUUUGGUCCACUGCGAAAGACGACCGUGGUGCUGGAUGCAAAGACGGGACGCUCACGCGGAUUCGGCUUCGUGUACUUCGAGAGCGCGGAAGACGCCAAGGUGGCCCACGACCAGGCGAACGGCAUCGAGAUCGGGGACCGGCGGAUACGGGUGGACUUUUCCGCCACCAACAAACCGCACGAUCCGACCCCGGGCGUCUACUACGGCAAGGUGUCCCAUCCCAAGACCGGAUACGGCGGCCAUUCUUCCCACGGUAUGGCCAGCUCGCACGGCUACCACCAUUGCAGGGCGUGCGAGGUGGAAGCGCGGGAACGCGAGCGAUGGGAACGGGACGCGAGAUCAAGGGAGCAUUACUACUACUACGACAGCUAUUCCGGUCACGACCGCAGUCGCAACCGUUCCAUGACGGGCCGGUCUGGCAGGAGCAGCGAUUACUAUCGCGGCGGAACCAGCAUUCGCUGACAGUGGUGGACUUCCUCCAACCAUGCACCCAUCGCUGCUGGUUGAAUUGGUUAAGGAAACGAGAAAACAAAAGAAACGCAGCAUAAGGAGACAGGAAAGAGGGAAAGAGAGAGAGAGAGAGAGAGAGAGAGAGAGAGAGAGAGAGAGAGAGAGAGAGAGAGAGAGAGAGAGAGAGAGAGAGAGAUCGAAUGAGAGCAGUGUGCGGGCAAGUUGUGUCCCUCUGUGUUUGCAUAUUGUUACGUCGCGGUGCGCACAAUAAGGAUAAGGAGGAUUGUUAAGAGAGUAAAGCCUAGCCAAAAAGGGACAGAACCGGAAUGUUGCACCCCGCGUAAUGAUAUUAUGGGAUGCUGCGUCUGGAGAUGCGCAUGAAACGGGACGCUAAGAGGGUAGCAAGGGGACGGCGACGCAUGCAAAACUAGAAUAAGACACGCAGAAGUUCCGGCGAAAAACGCGUCCAUAGCGCCCGUACGGUGUAUGAUUAGCGUCCUCCCUCCCUCCGGCCUGGUUAUGCGUACGUGUCCCGUGUUUGUAGAAACAGGUUUGUAGGGGCCGUUGGUCUACCGUGCGCCCCAGAAGAAGAAGAACAGCAUAUGCUUAUAUCCUUUUUUGCGAAAACGGUGCGUGCGUGUGCGUGUAUGUGUGCGGUGCGAUGCGUAGCGUGUUAAGGAAGAGGGUCGGUUUUAACUUUUGUUUUUUCUUUGCGAGUCCAGUUCCACAGUUCAGGCAAAGGAUUCUCGAUCUCACAGUGACCGGCCGAUAUAGGAGGAAGAGAGGUCGGGGGCAGAACUGGAUUUCUGCCCAACGAUCAGAUGCGUAUGCGCGUUAUAAUAGGUAUUGUUAAAUAAUGUUCCUUUUUUACCACACUUCCCUGUGUCUGUCUUUAUGUUUCCUCCCCAGCGCCUCCCCACACAUCCCCCCCAUCCCGUUUUAUUAAUGAUUUAUACGUACGCGUACACACGCACACGCACACCAAGAGACACACAUCAAUGCUAGAAUCUAAUAAGUUAUCAGUCCCGCAUCGAUUCCUUACCCAAACUGCGGUUGUCGUAUCCUGCCCGUGUGGGAGGUUGUUUUCCUUUAAAAAAAAUAGUCGGUGCAUUUUAAAUUGUUACUGUUUCGUUAUGCUUUGUUUGCGGAUGUGCGCCGUGUUACAAUUGUGCAGGAAAAAAACGGAGAUAUAUAGUGUAAAGUAACAAGGGGGAAGAGAAAGAUGACAAACUAACUCUAAUGUCUAGAAAGAAUAAAUUAAUUUCAAUAAAAGACUUUAAUAAGAAA